CAGGAUCUCACCCACAUGAACAGCAUCGUGAGCGGCAGAUUCGGCCGCCCUGUCGAGCGUUGCGUCAACGGAAGACUCUUCCUCGGGAAUUGUGUGGGCGUCCGCUGUAAUGGCAUCAUGAAUGGAACUAUCGGUGCCAUUUGCGUACUCAGCCUCAUCGCCUACACAGUCUUCAUAUCUCUCUGGUCACGACGAUUAAGAGCGGAAGUUAUCAGUAUCUGCAGCAUAUAAAACUAGGACACCUAGUCGCAUUUUCCGUAGUACCAAGUCUUCCCGGUAACUCGACACAGCGUUAAAGGCUUUUUGAAUUGACAUCAUGAAGAGAACGCUCGCCAUGAUUUACUUUUUUGGCCUCGUCGUCUCCAUAGCUACAGCGGCCACGCUAACUGAGCAAGUCUCUAGCGUUGACACCAUAUUGAAGGUCACGACAAACUCCAUCGCCAACGAAGCAUACCAGCUCGGUGAAAUCCUCCGGGUUUUGGCGCGCGAAUUGGCCGAAGACGAUGAACUUGGCGCCCAGAACGAAGAGUACUUUAUCCGUGUCAUGUGGGAAAAAGUCAAGGUGGCUGUAUCAAAUGCCACUGACACAGUGAAAGGAGUCGUGCAGGGUGCAUACGAUGAAGCCACAAACCGCAUCACCAAAGCUACAAACAACGUUAAGCAAAAGUUGAGGGAAAAGGCUGCCGAGAUCCUGUCCAAGCUGAUAACCAAGGCCAUUGUGGGUUACGCCUUCGAAGAUUCCGAAAGCCGCACCGAUUUUGUGAAGAUCCUGUGCGAAGACGUCGACCGUGCGGGGCAGCGGCUCAUAAGGCAGAGCGAAGCUUUGCGCAACGCUGGCAUCUAG